AUGGAAAACUGGUAUGUAGAUGCAGGAAAUCGUGUCGUCAAGGAUUACCUGAAACAUGAUCGGCAUCGAGAUAUGAAUCAAGUGAAACAUGUGAUAGAACACCGCAUCAACACACCAAAGACGUAUCAUUUGCCCCCACUACACCCCCCUCAACCCCAGCACGUCCCACAACAGGUCAUCCAGCAGAUACCCCACCCUGUCAUACAGCGGAUAGGUUUAGAUGACAACCAGCCACAGAAAGGCUCUCUGUUUAAUAAAGCAGAUUUAAUGGAGAUGAUGAUGAUGCAAGGUGCCCAGAUGCACCAGUUAGUCAUGCAGCAGAUGAUGAUGAGUAAUUUACCAGGAAACCCUCGUACAGCUUAUCCAGCAGUACUAGCAGAACCAGCAGCUCCAGUUAUGAUGAAUCGUGCAGGAGGAGCUGUUCAUCACCAUCAUUAUCAGAUGUCACCGCCACCACAACCCACGGUUCAUCACUACCCCUCCCUACCUGCUAUACAACCAACUGCAACAGGCCUGCCUGGACCCACAGGGGCGAUGACCCCUGUUCGGGUUGCAGCAACCGGACGCCCAGAACCGGCCCGAGCAUUAGUUUUACCCCGUGGUCAAGUGUCCAGACCGCGGUCGAUAUCUCCGCCACCCGUAGCAGCCAAACGAGCGGUAAAGCGUUUUACCAAACAUGCCUUCCCUGGGCCUAAAGCGCUCAGAAGGUUCCGCCACAUAGCUUAUGCUGCUUGGUUUAUAUCAAUACUUAGAGCUGCAGCACGGAAGAAUGUUGGUAAUCGUCCUAGUAGCGUGUUCCUGUUUGGCAUCAUUCUGAAAGAGAUCGUCGCUGCAUUACAUAGAAUAUACCUCAAUCCUAGUGGUAAUAUAUACCCUGUGCUGGCGGACGUGGUAAGUCCUCAGGCUUACGAUCUGACGAACCUGCUGCGUGACAGGUCCGGCGACAAGGAGACCAGCGUAAUGCUGCAGGAACUGCAAUACGUUGUCGAGAAUCUUAUUUAUCACAUUACCGAAAUCAUGCCAAGCUCUGGGGUAUUGGGCACUCAUCGGAAAUCUGCAGUGUUUGAACUAGUCCGUAAUGGGAAACGCUUUCCUGACGGUUACUUCUGGCAGGCGGAACUGGAUAGACUGCAGUUCACGGAUAACGGACGAACAGCAAAUAUUGGUGAUGCGGAGGCCUUUCUCCUCAUUGUAGGAAUCUUCAUUUCUAGGAGUUUGGUGACAACUCUGCUGAUGAAACCGGUAGACUAUGGACUGUCAUCUCAACCUCUAACUGAUGUAGCAGAGAGAAACCUGAAAAUCCUUGCCACUACCAUGUUAUACCUUGUAAGACGAGUCUCUACGUUACGUGGCAAAGCUAUGCUGCCACCACCAGGAGAGAUAUCGAAGUACUUGUACACUGAUGAAGAAAUGCGACCGAUCUACAGUAAAUUAGGACGUUCAUUCAACUAUUCUGAGGGUCUACUUCGAGAAUGGGGUCAGGAGUAUAUAAAGAGGUUAAGGGCUGCUCCCCUAGCCAACAAGUAG